AUGCUGCGUGGACCAACCUUCUUCCGACGAUCGUACACGCUACAUCUGAUACCCAGUUCAAAGCAGUAUAAGGCGCUUUUUAUGGGAGUUAUCACACUGGCAAGCCUACCACCCAGCACUGAUAACUUAAAGAGCGGUGUUGCGCCAUUUUUACAUCUCUCAGGUGAACGACAGCUGAACGACACGAACAAAAUCGACCCGGAAAACUCGGCCAGAACACGGAUCGCUUCACUCAGGGCCAUUACGCGGAAGGGGAAGCAGGGGACAUUUUGUGGUUUUAGUCACCCUUCACUACCCGUCUGCCGGAAAGCAGAUUUUGGAGAAGCUGUCAGCGUUCCCAACAAUCAACCAUACAUCCGAGGAUCGCCCUCCAGUGGCUUAAAAGCUGGGCCACGGAUGUCCCAGAGGAGGGUUUUGAAAAACGCUUCCGCUUUGUUUGAGUUCAGCUGA